AUGGCUAAACCACUCGAAGUGACCGAAUCUGUGACUGUCGUUCAGUCCACACAAAAUGGCAGGAAGAGAAAGGCAGAGACAACUUCGCGUACAAAAAGGACCACAGCCCAAUACACUGAAGUAGAGGAGGUUGCUGCAGUUGCCUCCAAUUCACCUCGAACCAGCAAGCGUGCAACGAAGAAGGUGAAAUAUGAGCAGGAAACUGACAACGAGAUGGUCGACCAACAAAGUGACAACGGCGAAGGCAGGCCCAAGCAAGCCUUGAAACGAACCAAGAAGGUGGCUGCUCAAGGGCCCGUUACAGAUGCCAAGCUCAAUGACGACAGGACCGUUGAAGACAACAAAAUCAGCAAGAAGAACGUCAAAUCUACGAAAAAGAAGGCUGAAGACGUCAAUGAAGAGAAGCCUAAAAAGGUCACCAAAUCCAAGGCCAAGCCAGCGAAGAUUCUACCACCCAUUGCAGAGCGUACCAAGGAUAUCAAGCUGCGAGUUGGCGCCCACGUGAGCAUUGCUGGAGGCGUACACAACGCUAUCAUCAACGUCGUACACAUUGGUGGUAACGCCUUUGCUAUGUUCAUGAAGAAUCAACGCAAGUGGGAAACGGUCGAUAUGGACCCAGAGCAUGCACAAUUCUUCGUCCAGUGGUGCAAGGACCAUAGCAUAGACGCCGCAGAGUGCUGCUUGCCUCAUGGCUCAUACCUGGUCAACCUCGCGCAUCCGGAUCCUACACGCAAGAAACAGGCCUAUGACUCUUUUCUCAAUGACUUGACGCGUUGCCAUAGGCUCGGCAUUCGGUAUUACAACUUUCAUCCAGGCAAUGCUAACGCGACCACCCACGAGGAAGGAAUCCGGAUCAUUGCCGAGAAUCUCAACAAGGCCCAUGCAGACCCGAAGACUGGCAAAGUUGUUACUGUUCUUGAGACCAUGGCAACCCUUGGCAAUACCAUUGGUGGCACCUUUUCUGACCUCGCAGCCAUCAUCAAGCUUAUCGAAGACAAAAGUCGUGUAGGUGUUUGCUUAGACACCUGCCACGUUUUCGCCGCCGGUUAUGACCUCCGCACCCCCGAAGCAUAUGCUGAAACGAUGAAGAAGUUUGACGAGGAGAUCGGUUUGGAGUAUCUCAAGGCCUUCCAUAUCAACGACAGUAAGGCUCCUUUGUCAAGCCACCGUGACCUUCAUGCCCGCAUCGGCACUGGCUAUCUCGGGCUCGAAUCCUUCCAUAACCUCAUGAACGAUGAGCGCUUUCAUGGUCUUCCCAUGGUUCUCGAGACACCCAUCGACGUGACUGACAAGAAUGGAAAGAAGGUCGAGGACAAGGGUGUUUGGGCCCGGGAGAUCAAGAUGUUGGAAAGUCUUGUUGGCAUGGAUGUCGAAUCUGAGGAAUUCAAGACACUGAGUGCACGUCUUCAAGAUGAAGGCGCGGGUGAACGUGAGCGUGUUGGUGACCAAGUGCAAAGAAAGACGAUCAAAGAUGCGAAACCUAAGAGCAAGAAGGCGGCUAAGAAGAAGGUCGAGAGCGAAGAGGAGGAUGACAUGGAAGAAUAA